AUGAGGACAGAAUAUGGUGGUUUUGAAGAGGUUGGUGCAACUGCUGUGGACCGCAAGAAUUUUAAAAGAGAUUUAAACUGUUUUAUCGGAGAAUACGAUGCUGAAAUGAUUGUUCAAAGAUUGACCAAUAAGAAAGAAUAUCUAUGGGAUUUUUCAUUUGAAUAUACUGUAGAUUCAAAUGGUUGUCUGACAGGGUUAUUUUGGGCAGACGAAGUUUCUAAACAGAAUUAUUUGGCUUUUGAUGAUGUAAUAUCAUUUGAUGUAACUUUCAAAACGAAUAAAUACAAAAUGGUUUUUGUACCGUUCACGGGUAUUGAUAAUGAUUUUCAUAAUGUCAAUCUUGGAGCUGGUCUAAUUGCAAAAGAAACUACCGAAUCUUAUGUGUGGUUAUUAACAUGUUUUUUGAAUGCAUUUGGUCGUCAACCAAAGGUUGUAGUUACGGAUCAAGAUGCCGCUAUGAAGGCAGCAAUUGAAACUGUUUUUACGGAUAGUAGACAUCGAUUAUGUAUGUGGCAUAUUAUGAAGAAGGUAGAGGAUAAGGUUGGGUCUACAUUGUGCAAUGAUGAUACUUUUAAACAAUGUGUUUGCAAUAUUGUUCGGACAGAUGCAAUUGAACCUGAAACAUUUCAGAAGGAAUGGCAAGAGAUAAUCCAUGACUUUGGUCUUUUACAGAAUAUUUGGUUAGAAACUAUGUUUGACUUAAGAUCAAUGUGGAUUCUUGCGUUUUAUCGUGAUGAGCAUAUGUCAGGGCUUAUGCGUACUACUUCAAGAGUUUUUACUCAUUUUCAUAUGACAAUUGAAGCUCAAAGAUAUAGUCAUCAAAAAAACGAUCAUGAUACAAGUAAUACUGAACCUGAUUUUUGGAUCGAUUCUCUUCUUGAACGACAUGUUGCUAAGUUGUAUACUAGGGCCAUAUUUUUUAACGUUCAAGGAGAAAUCCUUGCUAGUUUUGAUAAAUGUUUUUCAAUUAUUAGAGAUAUUUCGGCUUUUGGAAAUGGUUUCUUUAAGGGUAAUUAUACGAAAUCUCAUAACAAUACCAACUGUGAUUCUAUCAGUAGAGUAAUUAUAAAUAUAUGUAAGGUAUUAGCUAAAGCUCAUGAUGAAUUUUCUACUUCGUGUUCUUAUAGUUCGAAUGUCAACAUUGAUAUGGCAAAUCAGGUUGUCCAUGAGAUUAUGUUUGCUAGUGAAUGCCUUUGUAGUCGGUAUUUUACAAAUAAUGAAGAACUGAUCAAGAUUAGAGAUCAACUUAAAGGAAUGAUUGAAAAGGCAGAUGAGAGUAGUAAGACUAGUCCGGUUUUGAAGAAAAAAGAUAUGAUGGCUUCUCUUCUUGGAUAUAAUCAACCAUCAACAUCAUCUGUUAAACUUCCUCCUUGUAUUAGAAACAAGGGACAUGGCUCACAUAGGAGAAUUAAAUCCAAAAAAGAAAAAGCAGCUAGUCGUAUGGGAAAAAGGCGUCGAGGAUGUAAGGUAUGUGGGAAAAUUGGUCAUAAUAUUCGAACUUGCAAGGCACUUGUUCGUCCGGUUGUAGAGAGUGCAGUUUCUAUGGAUAAAUAG